AUGUCGGGCGUCUCUCCCGACGACGGCGCCGAGCCAAUCAACUUCCGUGCCGCACUGGCCGCCUUUGAGGGCAGGCCGACGGACGCCUCUGGCCCGCAGCUUCAUGCUCCCGUCGCCAGCAGGCGCUCCCACACCAACAAGCCCAACAUCGCCGUGGUCGUCUCGACCCGGGACGCCCACGAAGAUGCUGCACACGAGCCCGUGACGCGCUCCAACUCGACGCCCAAGAUCCGCGGUGGCUUCAACGGUCGAUCCCACCUCGCUGCCAACCCGUUUGCAGCGGCCGAGGACGAGGAGGCCAGGCAGCCACAGGAUGCGGGCCUGCUCAAGGCGCCCUGGCCCGCACUGGGAUCGCAGGAAUCCGAUGCGUCGCGGCUACGAAAGACGGGCAGCGGCACCAGCCUGCGCGACCUGAUGCAAAAGAGUCUCCCCGACGGCCAGAACCGCAGCAGGAGCAAGUCGCUCGCCGGACGUUCGGUCGACGGCCUGAGCCUCUCCGGUCGAUCGACGCCGACGACAUCUGGCAGUGGCACGAGCAGCCCGCGCCUGGGCGUGCGGAACAUCAUCGCCCUCUAUGGCGGUCAAGGCGGAGACCCGGCCGGUGGCCCUGCAGCCGGCCGGGCUGCAGCUCUGUCUGGCGCCAAUGGCGGCUCCGACCUCCUCUAUGGCGGUGGCCUUCGCACGUCGAGCCCGAUGUCGAUUUCCUCUGCCACCUCGCUGCGUACGCGGCACAUGCUCGACGCCAGCAACGACGACGAUCAGUACGACCCGCUCUUCGGCCACGCUGUCAUGGACCCGCGGCCAAAGUCGUCCUCCGGGCUCCAGUCCGCUCCCGUCAGCUACCCGAGUUCUCCUCAGCAGACCGGCCCGGGACCGGCGACGGCACACACCCCGAAGCGGGGCGCAGCGCCUCCACCGUUUCUGCGCACUGUAUCGAGCUCGCAGAUCAUGGCCGGUCGAGGGGGAGGCGAGCCGCCGCCAAGAGUGCCCGCGCGCCCCGCUCUUCAGCCUCCGUCGCCUCCGCGCCGAGGCAGCCAGUCCUCGACGUCUUCGUCGAUCAGCGUCGGCCCACGCCUGCCUCCGAGGCCACCGACCGGCAACGCGCCCCCUUCCGUGUCCGAGUUUGGCCAGAUUUCAGAUCGGUCCUCGACCGCAGAAGCAAAGGCGCACCCUGCUUUGGCGUCCUCCGACAACGCUGGCCACGUCUCGUACGCGACCUACACGCCCGGCGCCAGACGCCAGCCUCCCGCGCCAUCGCCAGGCGGGCACGGCGGUGAGACUGGCCACCCGCCGCCGGCGCUUCCUCCACGAAGCGCCACAGUGGGCCAGAAUGGAACGUCUCGAACCGAUUUCUCCAACGGCGCCGGCAACACUGCCGAAGACGGGCAGCUGAGCUACGCUGUCCGAACUCGAAGCCUGGGCAGGCCGGUGCCCAAGAGCCCUUCGCUGCCUUCGAGCAUGAUGGCAUCGACGACCCCGAACGCGAAGGCCGAGCGUCCGGACCCGCCGCCGCGUCCGAGGAUGCUCCAGGUCGACGGCAACGCCGGCGGGUUUCGCUUCGGCGGUGGCGCAUCUUCGACCCCAUCGGCGCCGCCUGCGCCGCCUGCCCGCGGCCGUCCUCCGGUGCAGACGCACCACCGCGGCGCCCUGGGGAGCAUGGGGUCGGACCCCAACUCGUCUUCGUCGUCGGCGUCGUCUCCGACGUCGACCUCGACCACCGUCUCCAGCACGACGCGCGGCAUGUCGCACUCGCAUGCCAAGAGCCCGAGCAACGUCUUCACGAGCAUCAGCCUGAGCGACGACGCUUCGCGCGACCUGCACCACAGCCUCGAAUCCGACAUCCUCCAGCGCAGCACGCGCGAGCACCCGCCCAACGGCCCGCCUUCGGCGCCGGCGGCGGCAGACGGCGGCCACAGGCUGCCUCCGCCAAGGAACCGGUACGGGCACUCGGUCAACCGCAGCAUCGGCAGCACGAUGGGCAUCACCUCUUCGCCCAACCUCGGCCAGGCGUCCGCCGGCAAGACGCUGUGGGAGAGCGCGAGCUCGGCUCUGCCGUUGCCCUUCAAGACGAGCGCCGCCAGCAGCGCUAGCGGCAGGGCACUCGCCGAGGGUGCUCCGUCGCGGCAGCAGCAAUUUGUCCCUCGCCCUGCUGGCGCAAAUGACUCCAUGUUUGGUGCGCGGCCGGGUGAGAGCCUCAACGGCGCGCGCUCCAACAACUGGCCGGGACAGCUGCAGAUCCGGCCCGUGCAGCUGGCUUCGCCAACGGCGGACAGGCACCCUCCACGCUCGACGACGCCUGCCGACGACGGCGCACGGCGGCGCUACGAGGCGCUGUUCGAGCGCUGCCUGAAGGAUCAAGAAGCCGCCCGUGCCAAGCAGGCUCUCUGGGAUGACAAGGAGGCCCGAGGCUUUGGCAGCGCACGAGGCAAGCGGCAGCCGUCGGCCAAGAGCAUCGCGGCUGCCUUUGAGGCCAGCGGCGCAAGGGACCGCGCCGGUAGCCAGCUCUCGACGCACUCGGCCCCGAUCGAGGACCGAGAUGUCUCGAGCGGGGUCGGCGUCGAGGCGGCAAAAGGCUGGUUUGAGCCCCGCUCAGGAUCGCAGACCCCCACCAGGGCGAGCGUCUCUCCGCCCGUCUCCCGCUCAGCACCAUCGGGCCCGCUGCUGGCCACCGGCCCCGACAAGCCUACGGCCAAGCUGUCGAUGGGCAGGAUCCGCAAGGUCUGGCAACGCUCGCGGCUGCCCGACCGAGUGCUGGCCGACAUCUGGGAUGCCGCGGCAGCCGUUCAGAAGGCGAGUGAGCUGGGCGGUCGCACCUCGAAGGGUCUCGGCAAGGAGGCCUUUGUGCGUGCGAUGGCCGCCAUCGAUGCCGAGCUUGCGCAGCGGGCCACCAGGCGGCGAUCGAGACUGCUGCGGCAGCGAGCUUCUGGUGCUGCCGUCGGCCACGGCGCGCCUGACCAACGCAGCAAAUCCCGACUGCCCAACGGCGGCGGCGGCGGCGGCGGCGGUCUCUACCAUUCGGACAGGGACGGCAUGCGUGCCAGGCCGAGCAAGGACGGCAUGGGCUACGGCAGCGCCGCAUCGCGAUCGAGCAGCGUCCAUUCUUCCCACAGCCGCCGUGGCGAGCCGUCGUCGCCGUCAAUGUCGAGCGGCCUGGCGCUGAGUCACGCUCCUCGUCGACCCGUCGGCCUGUCGAGCGGGCGCGACGAUCAGCGUAGGUCUAGCGGCGAGUCUGACAGCAUCACGGUCACGGGCGGUGGCGGCUACCCGCGGAGGGUGCCGCCGCCGCCCGUGUCGCGUUCGAGCGAUCCCUAG